AACCCUUGCAACCACCACCUGGGCAGAGCGACCUGGUGAGCGAACAACAAGGCCAAGAACCAAGAAGGUGACUCCGCUGCCCGCAGUUGCAGAAUCGUCAUACCUUUCCAACCACCCGGAACACCAGGCAACUGCAGUCAAGCUGAGCUACACCGGCCGAAUUGUCGAAAGAACGAAUGAUCGUCCCUCUUGUUUCCAUGCUAUGCGCCUGGCCAAUCUUCGCACUUCUCUUCUUUCCCUACCUCGCCAUGGCUUCAAGCAACGAUACGACUCCAAGAAUCAUCGAGCUCGCCGCUCAGAUUAGCAGCUCAGUCACCAAGCUGCAAGACAAGCUAUCAGCACAAGGCGCGGCCACCCCGUCAUUUGCUGAAAACGGCCCCGAGGUGUUGCCCGACGAUGUUUCUAGCCUCAAAGAUGCCGUGCUUGAUGCAACUGCUGAGCUGCACGAGAUCCUCCUGGACCCUCUGUUCGUGCUCUUCAAAUUCGCCUCCAUUGAGAAUCUAGUCACUCUCGAUGGAGUAUGCCGAUACAAAAUCCCCGACAUGAUCUCCCCAGGAGACAAAAUCACCUUCGACGAGAUUUCCGAAAAGACGGGCCUUGAAAAAUAUGCUGUCAGACGUCUUGUGCGACACGCAAUCACCAUGCGAAUCUUUGAUGAGCCAGAGCAUGAAGUCAUCACACACAGCAAAAUUUCAAAGUUCUUGACCAAUCCCAGCAUCAAUGGCUGGGUCGAAUUUGAGGCUCGAGACACCUGGCCUGCUACUACGCGAAUCAUAGAUGCACUCCAGAAAUGGCCUAAUUCGCAGUUGCCAAACCAGACGGGUUUUGUUCUUGCCAAUAAUGGCAAGACAGUCCCGGAGGUCGUCGCCUCCAACCCUGAAGUAGCAGGGCGCUUUAGAGCCGGUAUGGAAGCUAUGAACCUCGUCCCAGGUUACUCGAUUGAGAACGUCAGCACGGUCUAUGACUGGGCAUCCCUCGGCAACGCGACUGUGGUCCAUGGCAUGGGAUCUCGGGGCCAAGCUGCCUUCGAAUUGGCCAAGAAGUUUCCAAAUCUCAAGUUUAUCGUCCAAGACUCCAAGGGCACGCUCGCAGGGGUAAACUCAACGAUCCCUUCAGAGUUGGCAAGCCGAGUCAAGUUUCAGGAACACGAGCUCUUUGCGCCACAGGAUGCUGAGGCUGAUGUCUACUUCUUCCGCAUGGUCUUCCGAGGUUUUGGUGACGCGUUUGCGGCUCAGGCUUUGAAGGCACAGAUUCCGGCUCUCCGACCUGGAGUGAAGAUUCUUAUCCAGGAUGUGGUGAUGCCGGAGCCGGAAGCCAUUCCCUUGUGGAGAGACCGAGUUGCAAGGUCAGUGGAUUUGGCUAUCGAGGCCUUCUCUAACGGCCGUGAACGAUACCUAGAGGAAUGGAAAGCUCUUCUUGCUGCCGCUGAUGAACGAUUUGUUCUUCAUAAGGUAUUUGUGCCUGAGGAAUCUUUGUUGGGUAUCAUUGAGGUUCACUGGAACGAGUCGUUCCUCUGUCGCACCAUCGCCGCCGCCGCCGCCGCUCUCCAACCGCAGCCUUACGCACGCCACAAGCUCGUCGCAAUGCCUUCCGUGAUUCUCAACACCGUCUGCAUCUCAUGCCUCACUGUUGCUUUCCACUAUGGGUUUGGCAAACACGACCAUAGCCUCACCUUUUACCAGGCCGUUCACAUCGCUAAAUGGAUCUGGAUGUCCUUCACGCCCGGUAUCACGUCUUCUAUCGCGUCGAGGAUAUCCAUCGCGUUCCUCCUCGUCCGCAUUUUCGGCAUCCAUACCUGGCUCAAGUGGUCGUUGAUUGUCAUCACCGUGAUACAAGUCGUGGGCAGCGUGGUUCUAGCCUUGACGAGCUGGCUCCAGGUCAGGCCGGUGCAAGGGCUCUGGGAUCCCACGAUCCCCGCGAAGAGGAUAAGUCCGGAAGUAGUCGCGCGCGAGGGCAACGUAGCGGGAGGUAAGUCGGCGGCGGCACUCGGAUGCAUCUCGAGCACUUCUAAGAAGUCGACGUGGAGCGAGACGGAGACGGGGAGUAUUGAUCCGGGCACGGUGCGCAGGACGGAUCAGUUCGACGUGCGGUCUGAUCAGGCGAUGGUUUGA